AGAGAGAGAGAGAAAGAGAGAAAGAUGAAUGUAAAAUUGAGUUCCUUCCUGGUCUCAAUAGCAGUCCUGUUUGGACUUCUAGGAGUUAGCCAUGGAGGAAAGUUGAGUCUAGACUAUUAUAAGGAUACUUGUCCUCAGGCCCUUGACAUUGUGAGAGAGGUCACUUGGAAACAUGUUGAACAGGAUUUGACUGUGGCAGCCCCAUUACUGAGGCUGCAUUUUCAUGAUUGCUUCAUUAGGGGUUGUGAUGCCUCGAUACUGAUCGACUCCACAGCAAAUAAUACAGCUGAAAAGGAUGCAAUUCCAAACCUAACCCUUGGAGGAUUCGACGUUAUAGCAGAUAUCAAAGCUGCAGUAGAGAAGGUUUGCCCUGGAGUUGUAUCUUGUGCUGACAUUGUUGCCCUAGCUGCUAGAGACUCAGUUUCAUUCCAAUAUAAGAAAUCAUUGUGGAAAGUGUUCCUUGGAAGAAGAGACGGAACCAUAUCACAUGCUUCGGAUGCCCUUGUGAACCUCGCUCCACCAACUUUCAAUUUUGAUCAACUCAAACAAAGAUUCGCUAGCAAAGGCCUCGACGUUUUCGAUCUUGUGGUUUUAUCAGGUGCGCACACCAUUGGCGAUUCACAUUGCUUUUCUUUCAGCAAUAGACUAUACAAUUUUACGGGAAAAGGCUAUGGUCAGGAUCCUUCGCUUAAUCCAAUCUAUGCAACUUACCUGAAAACCAAAUGCAAGAACCUCUCAGACAACACAACUUCGUUGCCAAUGGACCCUAAAAGCUCUCUAUCUUUUGAUACCCAUUACUACAAAAUCUUGUUAAAACAUAAAGGCCUUUUCCAAUCCGAUGCUGCACUUCUAACAGAUAAAAAGUCUUUUAAAGAAGUUAAAAAAUUGAUUGUCUUCGAAUAUUUCUUAGAGAAGUUUGCUCACUCCAUAAAGAAGAUGGGAGAAAUUCAAGUGCUUACAGGAAAUGAGGGACAGAUAAGAAAAAACUGCAGUGUGGUGAGUUUGGUUUAUGAGUGAUGGAAUGUAUAAUUUAUUUAUAUGGAUAUGUAUAUUUUCCAUUCUCUUAAUUAUGAUAAAUAAUUUGUGAUCCA